AUGAGCUACGAUCGCUACUUGAUGAAUCUCUGCAGCCUGCACGACCUUGAAUACCUCUCGCCCGAUAUGCCCGACUUUGCUUCAAGUCGUGAUUGUAGCCCUGUCGCUUCCGAUGCACUCAAUCAGCCCAAGUCCAAAGCUGCCGCAACCCAGAGCAGUAUGCUUCUCAAACUCCCCGACGACAUAUUCAAGUGUGUCAUGGACUAUCUCGACCGCGACGCUGCCUGGUGCCUGAAGAGGCUUUGCAAAGGCAUGGCAAGCAGCGUCACCGUCAACCAGCUCCUCUACAAAUACCCCAUUCAACUCAACGAUGUGCGCGAUAUCAGACUAGGUGACUGGAAGUACAGAGGCCUGGGUAAUAUACGGUGGAUAGGCUUCCAGGAGAGCAUCACCGAUGAGAAUCGCCGCCACGUACACAAGUUGGCAAUGUCACACUGGGCGAGUAUAGACGACUUCAAGUGGAUAGAAGGAAACCUGCCAUGCUUGACGAGCUUAGAUAUUUCGGCCAUCAAAGACUUCGUAUGGACCCCAGAAGAGACGUGGACGUGGAGCAUGCUGGCUGCUGCUUGCCCCAAGCUAUUCGGGCGCCUCGAAGAGCUCGAGGUUGCCAAUUGGGCUGACUACACUGCGCACUCUCGGAUUGAGUAUAGCUACUCAUACAACGAUUAUCGCUUCAAGCAGGGCUUUCGCAUGUCAAGAAGGCGCGACGGCGGUUCUGUCGCCAGCGUCAUCUUUCCAAAGUGCAGCAAGCUGAAGACGCUCGCGAUACGAGAGCGCUACUCAGGCUUCCACACAUGGAACGAAUGGGAAGUCCACCAGCGCGUCUGCUGUCUUGUGGAUGGUGUGCAGAAGCAUUGCCCAGACAGCAUGACGAAGCUGAGGAUACACGAUUACGCCCCUUACCGAUCCCUGUUCUCUACCGAUGCCACAGCCUGGUCGCGAAUAAAAAACGUCGAGAUCGGCUUAUACUCAUGGAUGGAGGACCGCCGCGAUCGCGAUGUGAUCGGUCCCAUACCGUAUCGAAUAACUCAAGGGCAUCACCAUCGUGAUGAGGAAGAGGCAUUCGACGACAAGACCUUCGAAGCCUGCGGACGCGACCACAUGGAGCUGGGAAAUCAUGUUGUGCAGGGCGUAGGAGCUUCAUUCGAGGACCUGCUGCAGAGCCUCCAAACCAUCUCCAAGAAAUAUCCAAACAUCAACAUCAAGCCCAUACACAGUCUCCAAAACAUCGUCCUUCACCCGUUCCAUCUUGUCCAUGUAACGCAGCGCCGGCAUCAUUUUGGCCAGACUCCGCAGCAAAACAACGACCAAGCGACCAGCGACCCUUGCUCCAAGCCAGAGGUCCAGGAAGCCCUGCGGUGGCUCGCUGAGAAGUGCGACUGGAAGCCCAUAUUCUCUUGGGAUAACUUCAUGUCCGACGUCUUUCCAGCCAAUCUUGAGCCCAACCGGACAAUGCUGCCGAAACAAGAUAUUCUCUCUCGCAUACAGACUAUGAUAUCAGCCUUACGAAGUCUUGACAUCCCUAUCCGUCUCUCCAUUGGCGAACGCACAAACAUGUCUACUUCGUCCGGUCUUGACGGCAACCUAUAUUUUGGCGACUACAAAACCUUUGUUGGGGAGAACGCGGACAAGCGUGAACUGUUGCUUCCGACCCAAGCCGUCUUCAAUCUCACGCCCAUCGCCGCCAUGGUUGAUGAACUCAGUAUUCAAUACCCCGCCGACGUUCCUGGUGUCUCUGGGUGGCUGCGCACGACGAAGCGCCCUACGCCUGCCGAGUCAACCCUCAUGAAACGCGAGAUGAUUGGCUGGAGGCGCUUCUGGGCUCGCUACGCUUCUCAGUUCAAGAAUCUGAAGAAGUUGACCGUUAAUGUACCCAACGACAUCUACGAAGACUGGGGUAAAGGUGAGCUCGUUAAGUUACUAGCCGACGAACGAUGGCAGAUGCUUGAGGUGGAGGACAAGCAUUGCUUAAAUGACGGCAUCUUCGGGAUUCACUUCCCAUUCAGCAGCACUAGCACGUCUGCUCUACGACAAAACCUUUCGCGUCGUCGUACAAGAGCCAAAUUUGUUCAGCGGGUCUUCUUCAGGCUUGACAGUCAACCAUUGGACCUCGAGUGUCUUCCUGCAGGAUUGAGCGAGAAGCAGAGAGAGGAAAGGGAGAUCACUGACGCCGAGAUUGCAGACAAAGAUACCUUGCCACAUCGCUUCUGGCACAAGAGUGAUGACGGAGACGAGGAAAGGGGCGAGAAACGCAAGCGAGACGCUGCCGAGGAUGGCGGUAGCAAAGAGGAUACGGAGAAAAGACGAAAGGCCGAUCAUGAGACUUGCCCACGUGCCAUUCAGCAAAUUCAGCUUCUAGCAGCUACAACAGAGUAG